ACCUUAUCGCUUCCUGCGGGGAGCCCAGCAGGUAGGAGAGGGGGCGGCUGGCGUUUGAGUCCCGCCUCCUGGGGUGAUUCCUGGGCAGCUCUCAGGGUUCGGCUCCUUUCUAACGCGGGGCCGCCUGUUCGCUCCACGUAAGCAGCGGGGACCCCGGCUCGGAGCCAGGCUAGAUCCAGCGCCCCGCCGCCGUCCCGUUCCCAGGCUGGGCAGGAGCCUGUGCGCUGGCCGGGCACGGACCUGCCUGCCUCGGGGAGGGAAGGAGCCCGCCCCGCCUGGCCCCGCCCCGGGUCUGCACGUGUCGCUGGGCCCCGCGGAUACCGAUCGGGCUCCAUGGCCGCCGCGAGCACCACGAGCUCCUGCCCCAUUCCGGGCGGCCGAGACCAGGGCUCCCCGGACGGCUACAGCUGCACCCCCGGCGGGACUCUCUACUCCACCACCCCUGGAGGUACCAGGAUAAUCUAUGACCGUAAGUUCCUGCUGGAGUGUAAGAACUCGCCAGUUGCCAGGACCCCCCCCUGCUACCUCCCUCACAUCCCCGGCAUCACCUCUCCCCCCCACGCGGCGCACUCCAAGCUGGAGGAUCUUAAGGAACAAAAUGAGACCGAGGAAGAGGUCCCAGAUGACGAUCAGUUUGCCAUGGAUAUCUGAGCUCCCAGCGAUGCAGCCAGCUGGCGGCAAGCUGCUUUCCUGGGGCUCCUGCCUCCCUUCCCUUUCUGAAGACCCAGAGUGGAGCGAGGCCCUGGCGCGGCUGCCGCCUGUGGAUGUGGCGCUGUUUUAACACUGUUUCUCUGCAGUUGCGUUUGUUCUCGGUUCUUUUUACUGAAAUGAAGCCCAGGUUUGGGGGCUGUGGGGGGGGGCUGGCAUGAGCAGCUGCUCUGUCCCCUAACCCUGUGGUGCCUGGCUGGGCUCGCUGCACUGAGUGUGUCUAGUGGCUACGCCACGGGCUUGCUCUGAGGCUGUGCAAUAAACAACCUGUAUCUCCUUCC